AUGGCUCCCAUCUUCAAGUCCCUUGCGCUCGCUAGCGCUCUUUUCGCUGCCAUCAGCUCGGCCGCCCCUGUCGACCUUAACAAGCGUGAAAUUGACGUGGUGUGGACAACGGUCACCACUGUCGUCUGGACCACUGUCGAUGUGACCACUACCAUCUACCCUACUCCGCAAGCUCCCACUCCCCCUGUCGUAGAGUCUACCCCGACCCCGACCCCGAUCCCGUCAUCUGCUCCCGAGCAGCCCGAGCCGAUCGAGGCCUCUACGCAGCCCGAGACCCCUGAGCCUCAGCCCACCCAGCCUUCUGUCGCUGCAUCCACCCCUGUCGCUGCUGCUGCUGCUGCUCCUGUUGCUCCUGCUGCUCCCGCCCCUGAAGAGCCGGCUCCUCAGCCUGCGACCGCCGCGGCUCCUUCCACUUCUACUACUACCCAGGCUGCCCCGUCCGCCCCGCCAGCUGCUAACAGCGGCAGCAGCGGCAGCACUGAAAAAGCCGCGAGCAGCGGAUACAGUGGCCCCUGCUCCAAGGACUCCCCCUGCGUUGGCGAGCUCACGUACUACGAUACGGCUACCUCCGCCAGCGCUCCCAGCAGCUGCGGUCUGACCAACGACGGCUUUUCCGAGAACGUGGUCGCGCUUCCCGUGGGCAUUAUGACCGACGCUGACUGCGGCAAGACCGUGACCAUCACCUACAACGGUAUCACCAAGACCGCUACCGCCGUGGACAAGUGCAUGGGUUGCAAGCCCACCGAUCUCGACGCGUCCCGGCACUUGUUCGGCGAGCUGGCUGAUUUCGGUGCGGGCCGUAUCGACGGCAUGUCAUGGUACUUCAACUAA